AUGGCUUUUGCAAUACUAUUAAUUCUUCCCCAAGAUUCCAUGUUUAUCAGACUUCUCUGCAUCGUUUUGGGGAUUGUUUUGGAAAACCAAAACAUAUUUAUUUUCAAUGUUAUAAUUAUCCUAGGGAAAUUCUACAGAGACAAAUGUAUAUUCCUUAAAACCAAACCAUAUUUUCAUAUCUAUCAUAAAGAACUGCUUGUUUUUUCAUUUAAAGUCAACAAAACUGCUAUGAAACUCCAAAAUAUCACAUGUGAUCUAUAGCUUUCAUAAUAAUCCACGAUUUAAUAAUUAUCGUGAUUCGUGUUUAUCUCCCUCUUAUUUAUUUGGAACUCAUUUCACAAUUGCCACAAAUUUUGUGAACUUCGCUUUUUCUAGAAAAAAAAAAAGAAAAGAAAACCCCAGUGUUUUUAUCGUCCACGUGGUCUCUGCUGCCCUCUUCUGGCAACAAUAGGUAUGACACAUUGACAUGUGUUCGGUUCCUGCCCAUUUAACCCCAAACAGAAACAUUCUAUAGACCAAGCGCACCGUUUUUUAAUUUAAAACGCACAACAUGAACUAAGACAUGUUGCACACAAUUAUUGCGCCAAACUGAAGCGCUAUCUGCUCGGGUUGAGUUCUGUUCCAUCAGUCUGUUCCUCAUUGCGCGGUUGCAGCAGCCCGGCGGAGUCCGCUUUCCUUCGCAUCACGCAGGAAUCCCGCAGAGCUCCUCAAAACCAUGUGGGCACCGCAGCUCCACGAAGGGCUCUCCCCCCUCCAGCUGUGCAGGAUUAUGCGUCCAGAUGAUGCCAACAUCAUGGGCAACGUCCACGGUGGCAUCAUUCUGAAAAUGAUCGAGGAAGCUGGAUGUAUUGUCAGCACGCGACACUGCAACACUCAGGAUGGGGACCGCUGUUUAGCCCUGCUGGUUCGGGUGGAGAAGACAGAAUUCCUGUCCCCCGUCUUCAUCGGUGAAGUCGUCCACAUUUCUGCUGAGAUUACUUACACCUCCAAACACUCGCUGGAGGUUCAGGUCAUCGUCAUGGCUGAGAACAUCCUCACAGGUGGAAAAAAGUUGGCCAACAAAGCAGCGCUGUGGUACGUUCCAUGUUCACUGCAGAACGUCAACAAGAUCAUGGAGGUGCCAUCUAUUCAGUAUGUUAGUGCAGAGCAGAAGGAGGAGGGCAGGAAGCGCUACGAAGCCCAGAAAACUGAGAGGAUGGAGACCAAAGCAAGAAUCGAAGAAGUGCUUCCUCCUCUGCCGAAUCCAGAGGCUACAACAAAAGAACCGCAUACAGUCGGCUUCAGCCAGUCCAGUCUGAUCCAUUUGGUGGGCCCUUUGGACUGCACGCUUCAUGACUAUGUUCAUGGAGGUGUGACCAUGAAGCUGAUGGAUGAGGUCGCUGGGAUUGUGGCCGCGCGGCACUGCAACACUAACAUUGUCACUGCUUCGGUGGAUGCCAUUAACUUCCAUCGCAAGAUCAAAAAAGGUUGUGUGGUGACGGUGACGGGACGGCUUACCUUUGUCAGUAACAGGUCCAUGGAAAUUGAAGUGUUGGUGGAUGCAGCUUCUCUGGUGGAGAAAGAGAUGAAGAAGUACCGUGCUGUCUCAGCAUUCUUUACCUUCAUCUCUUUGGAUAAGGACAACAAGCCGUUGCCUGUUCCUCCUCUAAAGAUUGAAGGAGAGGAAGAGCAGAGGCGAUCCGAAGAAGGCAAUGCACGCUACCUCCAAGCCAAGGCGAAGAGAGUUGCAGACAAGGACCGACAGCAGUGACACUAUGAGGAAUGAGAAACCUGCAACAGCAUUACAUUGAUUCCACUCUAUGGACACAAUAGGAUGGAAUUCAAGACCCACUCCGAAUUAUCUUUUGAUCUAUUUUAAAAGCUUUCCCAGUGGUCUUUUGAGUAUGAUUAUGGUAUUGUUAGCCAAAAUAAAUAAAAAAAAACAACUUGUGUCAUUUUCUAGAGCAUAGUUUUCUGCAGAAUGGCAUUAGUUGAUUAGUAAUUUUGCCUCAGAUUUGUGUUGCUGAGUACUCUCUGUUUAUGGGCCCUCCCACUGCAGACUCUCACACCCCCAACCUAACGUUCAGGUGCAACAAAAAUGGCAAGAGGACCUGGUUUCAGUCAAGAUGGCGGCUGAAAAUCAUUAGCCAGAAACGUAAAUUGCCAAACAUCAUUAGCAGGAAGAGUUGUAGCUAGUUUUAUUAUAACUUUUUUAGUGGUCAGGAUUAGCUUAAAAUGUGUCAAAAGAGGGUAAAUGCUUUAUUGAAGGAUAUUAACAAAAGUGUUCAGAUUUGUAAAACUGUUAAGACUUUUACAUUGGAGUUUUAGCCCCAAACCAGUGUUCACGUUUGACCGCACUUAGUUUCAAUGCUUUACGCGAUCAACGUUAAUCAGCGUAUUCUGUCGUGGAGAAAAGCGCCUUUGCACAACAUAGAAUUACUUUAUAUUAGAAAUGUUUUGCAUAUUGGUGAAAAGCCGCUUUAAAGUGUUGCCUACCGACACAAAACCGCUUUUCUCUGCAGAUCAGCUCAUUCACAUUGAUCAUGUCAGGAGUCACAGUAUGUCAAAAAGUAUUGUAGGUUCUCACAGAAACACCUCAGGAGGUAAAGGUUAAAAGCUUAAAAUGCAAAAAAAAAAAAAUUGUCAGGGUCACCAGUUAUAUUAAUAAUUUUCGACAUAAGACAAGAGUAUUUUUUGACCGAAAAGUAUGGCUGGUCCUGGACUUCCUUCUGGCUAAUGAUUUUCAGCCGCCAUCUUUUCUGCCACCAGGUCUCACUCAAAGCUUGUGACCUGCACAGCAUAUUUUCUAUGUCAAAUACUAGUUUUUCAAACAGCUUUUUUCAUCUUCUCCUGAUUUAUUCUUGAUUUGAAUCAAGAAAAACUCAGAAAUGUAAUUUGAGGCUCCAUUUUCUUAAUAAAUGUCUUCAAUCUUCAGAAUAAUGCUACAAGAACACGUUGAAAACACAGUUUACAUCGGAGUGGGUCUUUAAAGUUAUUAGAAAACUUACAAAGCUAUUUUAACACUAUUUGAUUUAUUUUUCUCACAUAGAAUCCAACAUUCUUUUUGCUAAAUUUCACGUGUUUAUUCUGCCUUGUAAUGUACCAAGAUGUUCACGUUUCCCUGUACAUAAAAUAUUUAUAAUUGAUUGUGCACACUUUUUUGUGCUUAAAUGUUCUGUGGCGUUAGUUAAAACCAUAGGGUAUUUACUAACGCCACCUCACUAGAGUUAACUAACGUCACCAAAGUUUACAGUGCAUUCCUGAUAUCUGUCAUAGUGGCAGCCUGCAAGAGGGGGGGCUGUUUGUUUUGCAGAACAUCUUUAACUUGAAAUACUCAGCGGUGAUGUCAGAGCAGAGUGAUACUCCGAGCGCAGGGGAAAUGAUGAAUAAGUGAGUGAUUAAUAAUGAAUAAAGAUCCAAGCGUGAGUCUGAAGCUCUCA